AUGAAAGCCAUACACAUCAAGUGUCGGUCUCAGGCUGUCAUCUUGGAAAGGCCCGAGCCCACGGUACCAGAUGGUCACAUAUUGGUGAAACCAGUUGCGGUCGCUAUUCAGCCGUCCGACUGGAAACAUGUCGACUUCAUCUUUGUGGGAGAUCCGACAGGGGUCCGCCUGGGCUUCGAGUACGCCGGAAAGGUCGUCGAUAUUGGUGCAAACACGACCUGUGACUUCAAAAUAGGUGACCGAGUUUUUGGACUCUGCCAUGCGACAAACACGGUGAGAAAAGACGACGGUACCUUUGCAGAAUACGCGGUUGUGCGGCCAGAAUUUCAAAUGAAGAUACCGACUCAUUUGAGCUAUGAAGAAGCGUCAGCAAUUUCUUCGGGCCUCAUUCCUGUGUGCCAAGGACUCUACCAAGACUUACGACUGCCCUUACCAACGUGUCCGACGCGCCGAAAGAUCCAUUUACUAAUUUACGGCGGGAGCACAACUUCCGGCAUGAUGGGCAUUCAAUUUGCUAAGAUGUCCGACUGCACUGUCAUAGCCACAUGUUCACCCAAGAACUUUGCUUUGCUCGCCUCUUUGGGUGCCGAUUACUGCGUGGAUUAUAAUUCAGCGACCUGCGUCGACGAUAUCAAACAUGGGCUAGGCGGUGCACCUCUCAAACACGUUUGGGACUGCAUAGCGACCACCAAAUCAGCACGUAUCUGUGCAGAGGCUAUGUCUCCUCGAGGCGGACACUAUAGCAGUCUCCUUCUCCUGUCAAGUUCCAUCCUGAGGCGGGUGAAUCCAAGAAUCAGGUGCACAACGACAAUAGGUUAUACUAUUUUUGGCGAGGAGUUUCAUAAGGAGACUGUCAUCAAGAGGCGGGAGGAAGACUUUGUAUUCUGGUUGGGGUUCUGGAGAAUGAGCGAGACCUUGCUUCGACAAAAAAUGUUCAAACCGCCGCCCAUCUUUGUAAACGUGGGAGGCAAGGGCUUUGAGGGCGUCUUAUAUGGCAUUCAGCAUCUGAAACAGGGCAAAGUAAGCGCUGGGAAAUUGGUUUACAAUUCACUGGGCACCUCUUCAACGGGACCCCCUGAACCAGCGAAGUCAUCGAAACAAGGGCUUCGAUAUGCCGAGGAUGACGACGACAGCCAAAGAGACGGUGGAGGCCAUGGCGGCGGGCGGAAGAAUGGCACACGAUCACUCUUCAGUGACGUAAAAGUGGCCGAAGCCUUCAAUAACACCAAGAAGCUCACCGACGACAUUGUUGCGCAGAAUCAAUUCUCCGGCUACUUUGCAAAUGCACACCCGGACCAGGAAAAGCUCUGCGUGGCCCUGAUCGCACAGGGGCUCCGGAAGCUCAAUUGCGACUUACAAGCCGCGGGCGAUGGUCAGGCCAUUGAGCGCAUAACAGCGGUCUCGGGCGCCCAAUACCAAUUGGACUUUUGUUAUCGACUGCUCAUUGAAAAUGGGCUGGUCCGCACGGAGGGGGGUCGCCUGGUGCGAACGGGGUUGCGUCUGCCGAACCAAGAGCCGCAUGUCAUUCUGAGAGAGCUGAUUGAUCGAUAUCCGGCUGUCUCAAGCGUCAGCCGUCUGAUCCACCACACCGGGGAAAAUCUCGCUGAUAUUUGGACUGGUCGAACCGACGGCGUCCGGGUAGUGUUCGGAACCUCGGCGGGCAAGCGGCUCCUUGAGGAGGUGUACGGAACCGACAAGACGAGCCUAGCAUUCCACGGACUUCUCAAAGACUUUUUUUCACGCCUUCUGAGCCAUGUGUCACCUGAAUCAGCCCCGUUCCUUCGCAUAUUCGAGGUUGGGGCCGGAACCGGCGGCACGACGCGAUGGCUGGCGCCCUUGCUAAGAGAAUUUGAAACUCGACGUUCGGCCAACGUCGAGUAUACCUUUACGGACCUGGGCCCAGGCUUAGUCUCCCAGGCGACUCGAUGUUUUCAGAGAUUCCCCUUCAUGCGGUUUCAGGUGUAUGACAUGGAGACCGCGGCCCCGGAAGAAUUGGUUGCAACACAGGACAUUGUGGUGGCCGUGAAUGCCGUGCACGCAACGUCGAACAUAAUACGGUCCCUCGGCAAUUUGAAAACACUCUUACGACCUGGGGGAAUCGCCCUUGUUCUUGAGGUCCAGGAGCAUGUGUGCUGGGCAGAUUUUAUCUUCGGGCUUUUUGAAGGCUGGUGGAAGUUUAACGAUGGGCGGACGCAUGCAACAGCAAGCCCAGAAGUGUGGCGAGACGCUUUUGAGAAAGCAGGAUUCAACAGUAUUGACUGGACCGAUGGAACAACAAGAGACUCCAGGUUCCAAAGACUGUACAUUGGAAAGACCGAGAUGGCGGCGAAAGGCACUUGAAGUCGUGCUAUGCCCGACUUGCAACGAUGGCG